UUUUUAUCUCCAUCUGCAGAUCCCCUCUUCGCCUUCGCAGUCGCAGACUUUCUUCGUUCACAGAAGACAAACUUGGCAUCCCCUAAACCCCUAGAUUGUCAAAUCCUUGGUAAGGAUGCUUUGAUACUGGUAAUUGGAAUCCCAAACAAGCUCUGUUUGGGAAGGAAUUUCAACAACGAUGGGUAUCUGCACCUCCAAACCCUCUUCCCCAAGCUCCCCUAAUCUUUCUCCUCCUAAAACUAUAUCAGCCAAGAAUGACGAUAACGGGAAUAGUGCAGUCCCUGUCAACGUUAUUGGCGGGAACUCCGGCGACGGAGAUGAUGUGAACAGAAAAGAUCUAACUAAAGAGUUGGAGAAUGUGAAGAAAUCUCCCUUUUUUCCAUUUUACAGUCCCAGCCCGGUGCACUACUUCUUCUCGAAAAAGUCGUCGCCGGCGAGAUCUCCCGCGCCGGGGAAUGCGAGCGCAAACUCGACGCCCAAGCGGUUCUUUAAGAGGCCGUUCCCGCCGCCUUCUCCGGCGAAGCACAUAAGGGCUGUGCUGGCGCGAAGACAUGGAACGGUCAAGCCCAAUGAGGUGGCGAUACCGAAGGGAAGUGAGGUGGAGGGAACGGGGCUUGACAAGAGCUUUGGGUUCUCGAAGAACUUUGAGAGUAAGUAUGAGCUCGGUGAGGAGGUUGGGAGAGGACAUUUUGGGUACACAUGCAAAGCGAGUUUUAAGAAGGGAGAGCUCAAGGGGCAAGAGGUAGCGGUGAAGAUAAUACCUAAAGCGAAGAUGACCACUGCUAUCGCCAUAGAGGAUGUGAGAAGAGAAGUCAAGAUAUUAAGAGCUUUGACUGGACAUAAUAAUCUUGUACAAUUCUACGAUGCAUAUGAAGAUCAUGAUAAAGUCUAUAUAGUAAUGGAGUUGUGUGAAGGAGGAGAACUCUUGGACAGAAUACUGUCUAGGGGUGGAAAAUACACAGAAAUCGAGGCUAAGGCUGUCUUGAUCCAGAUUUUGAACGUUGUUGCAUUUUUCCAUCUUCAGGGUGUGGUGCACCGUGAUCUAAAACCAGAAAACUUUUUGUUCACGUCGAAGGAUGAAAACUCGCAUUUGAAGGCAAUUGAUUUUGGCUUGUCUGAUUUUGUGAAACCUGAUGAAAGGCUCAAUGACAUUGUUGGUAGUGCAUACUAUGUGGCACCUGAAGUUCUACAUAGAUCUUAUAGUACGGAAGCUGAUGUAUGGAGCAUUGGUGUAAUCGCAUAUAUUCUGUUGUGUGGCAGCCGUCCAUUUUGGGCCCGCAGCGAGUCUGGCAUCUUUCGCGCUGUUCUUAAAGCUGAUCCAAGUUUUGAAGACACACCAUGGCCUUCUCUAUCAUCCGAGGCAAAAGACUUUGUGAAACGCUUGCUAAAUAAAGAUCCAAGAAAAAGAUUGACUGCUGGUCAAGCUUUAAGUCAUCCGUGGAUAAAGAAUUCUAAUGAUGUAAAAGUGCCUCUGGAUAUACUGAUAUUCAAGCUCAUGAAGGCUUAUAUGCGUUCUUCAGCUCUUCGGAAGGCUGCCCUACGGGCUCUGUCUAAAACAUUGACGGUAGAUGAGCUAUUUUAUUUGAAGGAGCAGUUUGCAUUAUUGGAGCCAAACAAAAAUGGAACUAUAAGCUUAGAAAACAUUAAGGCGGCCUUGAUCAAACAUGCAACAAAUGCAAUGAAAGAUUCUCGCACUCCUGAUUUUUUAGCUUCGCUUAAUGCCCUUCAAUACAGAAGAAUGGAUUUUGAAGAAUUUUGUGCAGCAGCACUAAGUGUCCAUCAGCUGGAAGCACUUGAUCGAUGGGAGCAACAUGCUCGCUGUGCGUAUGAGCUUUUUGAGAAGGAUGGAAACAGGGCCAUAAUGAUUGAGGAACUAGCUUCUGAGCUUGGUCUAAGCCCUUCGGUUCCUGUUCAUGCUGUUCUACUCGAUUGGAUUAGGCAUACUGACGGGAAGCUGAGCUUCCUCGGGUUUGUCAAAUUAUUACAUGGUGUCUCCAGCCGUAACCUCGCUAAAGCUCAAUGAAAGGUUCGAGAAUCAUCAAGAUGAGUUUGUCAAUCUUAUCUUAUCUGUUUUGGCAAAUAAAGCCGCUGGCAAGGGAUGGCUUGUAAAACUUGCAGACUACAGAGGCAUAUUCCCUCAAGACAUUCAUGCCCACCUUACAGAAUAGAGUCUGGUAGUGUUUUCCUCAUUCACAGCGUCAACAUCCUUAUACACGUAUAAUUUGGAAUUAUGUUAACCUUGUCUUCUCGGCUUGAUGAAGAUCUAUCACUCGAAAUUCCCAUUGUAAAGCUGAAUCUAGAUGUCAGUAGUUGUGGUGAGAACAUUUCUGAGCUGAGCUGUUUGCUGAACAUGAUUUUUCUGACCCUUUGUACUUGUCGAAUACUUCUCCAUUGUUUGUAUAAUCCAGUAUAGUGAGUUUUAUUUUUUUAAUGUUCUUCCUUGAUUGUACUUGCUGAAAUUUAGUUGUAUAUCACCACAGACUUGAUUGCGCUA